AUGGCUCCUCCUUCUAGUGACAUGAAUAAUGUUGUGAUUUCAUCAAACAUUAAACUUGAAAGGCUUCUCAGCAUGAAAGGUGGCAAAGGUGAAGCCAGUUAUGCAAAUAAUUCUCAAGCUCAGGCAAAACACGCUAGAUCAAUGUUGCAUCUUUUAAAGGAAACCCUAGACGGUGUUCAGUUAAACUCGCCGGAGACACCGUUUGUGGUGGCGGAUCUCGGCUGUUCAAGCGGAAGCAACACCAUUUUCAUCGUCAACGUCAUUAUCGAUCACAUCACCAAGCGUUACCAGACCUCUGGCGACCACUCCGAUCUGCCGGAAUUUUCCGCUUUCUUCGCCGACCUCCCUUCCAACGACUUCAACACUCUCUUUCAACUCCUCCCACCGCUAGCCAACCAAGACGUCGGAACCAUGGAAGAAUGCCUUGCUUCCACCGGCCACCGUCCUUUCUUUGCCGCCGGUGUCCCUGGGUCUUUCUACCGGCGAUUGUUUCCGGCGAAAUCGGUUGAUGUUUUUUACUCGGCGUUCUCUCUGCAUUGGCUAUCUCAGGUGCCGGAGAUUGUGGUGGAUAGUUCGUCGGAAACUUAUAACAAAGGGAAGAUUUUCAUUCACGGUGCAAAGAAAAGCACUGCAAAUGCUUACAGGAAGCAAUUUCAGGCGGAUCUGGCCGGAUUUUUGAAAAUGAGAUCGAAGGAGAUGAAGAAAGGUGGGUCCAUGUUCAUUGCUUUGUUGGGUCGGACCUCCGAGGACCCAACAGACCAAGGUGGGGCCGGGUUACUUUUCGGGACCCAUUUUCAGGAUGCAUGGGAUGAUCUUGUCCAAGAGGGACUUAUCACGAGCGAGAAAAGAGACGAUUUCAACAUCCCGGUGUACGCACCAAGCUUACAAGAUUUCCGGGAGGUGGUGGAAGCAAACGGGUCGUUUAGCAUUAAGAAGCUAGAGGUGUUCCAAGGUGGGAGCCCGUUGGUGGUGAACCGGCCAGAUGAUGCAGCCGAGGUCGGUCGGGCUCUAGCCAACAGCUGCCGAAGUGUGAGCGGGGUGCUCGUGGAUGCGCAUAUCGGAGAUAAGCUCGGUGACGAGCUAUUUUUGCGAGUCGCAAACCGGGCCACAAAGAAAGCUGAAGAGAUGCUGGAAAAGCUUCAGUUCUUCCAUAUUGUAGCAUCCCUUUCUCUUAAAUAA